CAAAAUUUGGUCUGGUUAUCCUUCAGGCUCGGAGACGAUGGAACUCCAAUAAUGAGGCUAGCUAGAAUGGGGGUUUCUAGCUACUCUCGAGCUCCCCCAUUGCAAGACCCUCUUCCACCUUCUCUUCCUCCUCCUCCUCCUCCUCCUCAUCUUUCUCCUGUUUCCUCAAAAAGGUCAAUCCUCUCCAUUGCAUUCCCGCUCCCUUCUGUAGCGGAAGAACCGGAGCAGGAGCUUGAAGAACAAAAAGAAACCAAAGAGAAAGAAGAAAAAUUAAAGCAAGAAGAUGAAGACGAAGACGAAGAAGAAGAAAGAAACCGUUCACAUUGUUUCCUAUGCUACGGAUGGAUGUUCUUCGGAUUAUUCUUUGCAUCAUUUUUCAUUCUCACAAUUUACCUUGUAUUCGUAUUCAAACUCCAACCAGCAUUGCCUAUAGUUUCCAUUUCAAAGCUUGACUUCCCUUGGCUACAUUUUCCAGACAGAAAUUUCACUCUCUUGGAUGCUAAUGUUCUAACACAAAUCCAGGUAUUCAACGACAAUGAAGAGACUGUCCUCGACUAUGGCCGGAUAAAGGUUCAAUUAUUCUUGGAUCAUAUCCAACUGGGAGAGACAAUGGUAGCCGGAUUUUCCCAGAAGGCAAAGAACCUGACAUUCUUGAACAUGAGAACCCAAGUCAGGAAUUCUUUGGUUAAUGCAGAUUAUGCCAAGAAAUUACAAGCAAGUGCAAAGAACAAUCAGAUAGUUCUAGAUAUUGUUUUAAGUGGAAACAUUGGGUUUGAAAUUGGAUUAUUAAAGAUGAAUGGGAUGCCUUCUUUAAUAGCAUGUCAGGACAUCAAGCAAUUUGAAGUUGAUUUUGCUGACAAACCUAAAGAAUGCAAAGUUGAAAUCUUUGGUUUCAGGAAUAUUUAGAAGGAGGUUCACAAUUUCCUGAUCUCCUGCAUAUGAGGAAGAUGGCUACACUGGACAUUGCAAUGACUGUCAACUGAAGGCCGUCAGUUUAAGGAACAAAUUAAGUUUAUUGGCUUUCUAAUCAGUUAAAUUAACAAGAUAUAUUAUUGUCUUUAUAAUUUAAAUAUAAAGGAAUGAAUUUUUAAUGUAAAGUGAUAAAUUAUUAUAUAAUUUUGUUAUUAUAUCUUGGGUAGGGGUGUUAAAACCCGAUUGGCGCGACGGAUUCGAAUUUAACAUGCGACAUGAUUGGAGUUAA